AUGACCCUGCCCCUACCACAGCGACCCUGCCCCUGCCCUGACAGCCCCAACCCCCAUCUGAGCUGCUGCUUCCUCUUCCUUCAGCCUGUGCAGGUCACCGAGCCGGCUCUCGCCCCAUCCCCUGGAAGGGUGUGGGCCAGCGGCCUUGGAAACUGCCUCUCACCUGGGCUGUCCCUCCCAGGCUGCACCCCCAGGAAGUGCGGCAGAGGCGUCACCGAUACCGUCAUCACCAGGGAGGAGGCGGAGCGGAUUCGCAGCAUAGCUGAGAAGGGGCUCUCUCUGGGAGGCUCUGACGGAGGGGCGUCCAUUCUGGACUUGCACUCCGGGGCCCUGUCUGUCGGGAAGCACUUUGUGAAUCUGUACAGAUAUUUUGGGGAUAAAAUACAGAACAUCUUCUCAGAGGAGGACUUCCAGUUAUACCGGGAGGUGCGGCGGAAGGUCCAGCUGACCAUCGCGGAGGCUUUCGGCAUCAGCGCGGCCUCGCUGCAUCUGACCAAGCCCACCUUCUUCUCCCGGAUAAACAGCACGGAAGCGCGGACAGCGCACGACGAGUACUGGCACGCGCACGUGGACAAGGUGACCUACGGUUCCUUCGACUACACCUCACUGCUGUACCUCUCCGACUACCUGGAGGACUUUGGCGGAGGGCGCUUCGUGUUCAUGGAGGAGGGCGCCAACAAGACAGUGGAGCCGAGAGCCGGUCGUGUCUCCUUCUUCACCUCGGGGUCUGAGAACCUGCACCGGGUGGAGAAGGUCCGCUGGGGCACCCGCUACGCAAUCACCAUCGCCUUCAGCUGCAACCCCGACCACGGCAUCCAGGACCCAGCGUUCCCGUAGCCGGCAGCCGGGCCAAGACGGCUUGAGGAGGGCCUGGCCUGCCCAGCCCCGUGUGGAGGCAGCCACGCCAGCCGUGUGCCCACCCGCACGUCCAGCUGUGUUCCUGUUGCACAGAGUGCCUUAGGAAUUCUCUGAUUUUGAUUUGCUGAUGUUUUAAUCUUUUCAUCUGUGAGUAAAUGGAGGGAACCAGCUUUUCACUUCUCCA